AUGACAUCAGCGUUCAACACCGAUAAUUCAAUGCCGUACAACCAUGACUUAUUUGAAAGCCUUAUUGUAAAGAAAAGAAUAAAGAUUCGUACAAAUCUGCGAGCGGUGAACCUCAUCACUCGCUCGGCGACCAUAGUUCAUCGCAUAAAACCGUUCAGCCACAAUAUCCUUUCGGUGCCUAGCUGCCAUGCAACCAGAGGGAAGCACAAGGGCUGGGAUCCUGCCAGAUUGCCUGAGCCUAGACAGGAGGAGCCGAGACGCAGAGGUCGGGUACAGACCACGGAGCUCCCAGUCCUUGGUUCGAACCCGACUUAUGCCUCUCCACCUCUCCUGUCUAGGCUCAGGCAACCUGGCAGUAUCCCAACCCUCGUGCUUCCUCCAGAUGACAUUGUAGCUAGGCACCGAAAAGGUAUUGCAGCUGAACGAUUUAUUAUAUUUCUUUUAUUUCACCGAUCAGUGAUUGAAGGAUGA